UCUUGACCUUUCUUGUCUCUCGGAUGCCACAAUCCUGCCAUACAUCUCCAGCAGCCUAACAGUGCACGUUACCUCGCGGCGCCAAUGCCAACUAUGCCUUGCCGGUGGAUGACAUGGGCAGCUGUGGUGCUCCGCGCCUUGUGACGACACCAAACCCUGUCAACCUUAAGAUAUAAGUGCCUUGUCUCUCCGUCCCAACUCGGGUCCCCUAAGCAUCUUGUUGUCUUCGUCUUCACCACUUGGAGUUCAAAAUGCGGUUCCAAACGUUCGUUGCGGGUGUAAUCGCCCUUGCAUUAAGUGUAAAUGCUUACUGGCUUGAAGACAUAACUCACCAAGGCGUUGCACCUUUCGGAGGCGAUGGAUACACAGUUUUCCGUAACGUUAAGGACUUCGGCGCCAAAGGUGAUGGAGUUACAGAUGACACCGAUGCUAUCACUCAGGCCAUGAACACACCUAACAACAGGUGCUUACAAGGAUGUGCCUCUACUACCACGACACCAGCAGUUGUCUACUUCCCGUCGGGAACCUACCUCAUCUCGUCAUCUAUUGUCCCUCCUUACUUUACUCAGAUGAUCGGUGACCCGACCAACCGCCCUGUAUUGAAGGCUUCUAGCAACUUUCAAGGAUUUGGUUUGAUUGAUGGCAACCCAUACUACACUGCGAACUUGAACUGGGUAUCAACAAAUGUAUUCUACCGUCAAGUACGAAACUUCGUCAUCGACACUACCGGUAUCGCACCAGGCACCGCAGCAACCGGUAUGCACUGGCCGACUUCCCAGGCGACUAGUCUUAUCAAUGUCGAGUUCAACAUGCCUACUGAUGCCGGCGUCGUCCACGUCGGUCUAUUCAUUGAGAGCGGUUCUGGCGGUUUCAUGAGCGACUUAACCUUCAACGGUGGCGCUACAGGAGCAUCCAUGGGCAACCAGCAAUAUACCAUGAGAAACAUUACCUUCAACAACGCCCAAACUGGCAUUAUCCAGCUCUGGAACUGGGGAUGGACUUAUAUGGGGCUCAACAUCAACAACUGUCAGACAGGAAUUAACAUUACCGCUAGCGGCGACGCUGGGCUUAACGUGGGCUCGAUCACAGUGAUCGACAGCACAUUCACGAAUACCCCGGUCGGUAUCACAACCGCGUGGCAGACUGGGUCUAAGCCGGACACGGCUGCAAGCAUGGUCCUGGAGAACCUGAACCUCCAGAACGUUCCUGUGGCAGUUGAGGGUCCCGGCAGUUCGACGAUACUUGCAGGAGGUACGACGACAAUUACCGGAUGGGCACAGGGUCACCAGUACACUCCCACCGGACCAAACACAGUCCAAGGAGAUAUCACUCCUAACGACCGACCUUCCACCCUUGAGGCCAAUAGCGUGUUCUACUCUCGAUCGAAGCCUCAAUAUGAGACACUUACUGCGUCUGACUUCGUAAGCGCCCGAAGCUCUGGUGCUAAGGGUGACUCUACGACCGACGAUACCGCGGCACUCCAAUCUGCCAUCAACAGCGCCGCUUCUGGCGGAAAGGUUCUCUUCCUCGACUUCGGUCUCUACAAGGUCACCGACACUUUGAGUAUCCCAGAUGGCACAAAGAUUGUUGGAGAAGGCUACCCUAUCCUCAUGGCUAGCGGCACCAGCUUUGGCGACAUGAGCAACCCUAAGCCUCUAUUGCAAGUCGGGGCUAAGACUGGUGAUGCCGGUCAAGUAGAGUUCUCAGACUUCGUUGUCGGAUCCCAAGGAGCCGCACCGGGCGCUACUCUCAUUGAGUGGAACCUGGCUUCCACAUCCGAUACUCCCAGUGGAAUGUGGGAUGUCCACGCGCGUGUUGGCGGAUUCGAGGGUUCGGAUUUCCAGGUUGCCCAAUGCCCGAAGGACCCCGGGUCCAGCACUGUGAACACGAACUGCAUCGGAGCUUACAUGUUGAUGCACGUUACACCUUCGGCGACUAACUUGUACAUGGAGAACACUUGGUUAUGGACAGCCGACCACGACAUCGAGGAUUCUAACAACACCCAAAUCACCGUGUACUCUGGUAGGGGCCUUUACAUUGAGUCAACUGUCGGUAACUUCUGGUUGGUUGGAACUGCCGUUGAGCACAACAACCUCUACAACUACCAAUUCGCCAACACCAAGAACAUUUUCGCCAGCAUGCUUCAGACAGAGACGCCAUACUACCAACCGACACCUGAUGCCACCACACCUUUCCCUGUAGUUACAGCCCUACAAGACCCCGACUUCGCGACCUCUUGCGCCGGCGUCUCAGGAAACUGCGCCGACGCAUGGGGUCUGCGAAUCAUCGAUUCGACUGACAUCUACAUCUAUGGAGCUGGUCACUACUCGUUCUUCGAUAGUUACAGUACCACUUGCUCCACGGUAGAUGCAGGUGAGAACUGCCAAUCCCGGAUCGUCUCGCUCGAGGGCUCGACUUCCAACGUCAACAUUUACGCCCUUAACACGAUCGGCUCGCUCAGCAUGAUCGACAGCAACGGCACGAGCAUGGCGAAGUGGCAAGACAACGAGAACGUCUUCCCGUCGAACAUUAUUCUGUUCAGGACAGGUUAGGACCCGUCCGGACGCUUAUUUAUUUCGACGGGGACUUCGUUCCCACGUGGUUAUCUGGGUUAUGGGAGAAACAAGGUCAGGUCUUUGGGGAAUAUCAUGGGACUUGCAUAUUUUUCGCUGUAUAUCCUUUCGCUUUCUGCGUAAAUACUUUCAUGUAUAUACUAGGUGAAUUUUGUGUAUGGGCUGAAUUAGCAUUUUGAACAAUUUUCAAAAAUUUCGCUGUAUCCUCUACACGCGU